ACAGAGACGGUGACAAAGAGAGACAGAGAGACAGACAGAGAGACAGCAGGUAAACACAGCGGCCGGUCGCGGCUUGGGGCUUCGCGGAGACGCCUUUCGGACAUGGACCCGACCACACAGUUCUUCAGCAGACUGAGGAAGCUGGCGGUGACUCUGGAGACAGAAACCGCCAAACUGCAGCAGGACUAUGAGAGCCGCAACGCCGAGGACAGCGACGGCGAAAAAGCAGCCAGAGCGAUGCGAGCGUACCACGAGCUGAACAGUGACGUCCGUGACCUGACGGAGCAGGUCCGGGGUCAGCUGGCUGAAGAAGAAGCCAGAGGUAAAGAGGUGAGGGACUUCAUCAAGGCCUGUCGAGUGACGGAGAAGAGGUUGGCUCAGGACGUCCACACGCUGAAGACACACUGGGAGAAGUACGGCUAUCAAGCACCAAGGGACACGCAGAAAGCGUCCGAGGCUGAAGGUGAAGAAGAAGCAGGUGAAGGAAACGACUCAGCCGAAGAAAAAGAAGGAAGCCAGGAGGAGGACGAUGACAAUGGAGAAAAUCCGUCUUCACCGCCUCCGAAGUCGCAGCUGAAAUUCAGCGGCGACGUGUUGCAGACGCCCAAGCUGUCUGACUUCGGCCUGUCCGACCUGCAUAUGAGGCGAGUCCUGGCUGGGGUGAAGUGGAGCUCCGAGGUUCCCCCGAUGCCCCAGAUGAGCUUCCCGCAGCCAUCGCUGGACACGCCCGCUCCGCCCAUGCCCCUGACUCCUAAAUGCGCCCUGCGGAUGGACGAGGAGGAGCUCCGGACUCCCCAGAUGAGCGACUUCGGCAUCUCGGAGCACACCAUGUCUCUGUACAACGACUUCACCAUGAAUCUCCUCCGCAAGGACGGCGACAGGAAACCACAGGACGCUCCUCCACCACCACUGACCUCUGGAACGGAAGGUUUACCAAUAAACACCUUAAAACUGGACACUCCAGAGCCGCCUGCACUGUGCACACCAGGACUGAAGAUCAGAAAGACAAACGCAGCUCAUAGUUCCUCAGCUGUGCAGGUCAGCAGUGACCUGGGAUCCCCCUGCCGUACCCACGUGGAGCGCUCCACCCCGGAGGUCCCCGUGUUCCAGUCAUCGUACGUGAACCAGCUGUUCAGCAUGAACAAGCGGAGCGCGCUGCAGAAUGAGGCGGUCUCCAGGCGCCAGGCGGAGGACGACGGCCACACCUUCGACCUGCCUACUCCUCAGAACGGAGCGGCCGGACCCAAGCCUCGCUGGGAGUACAACGUGCCGGACGUGUCCCUCAUGGAGCUGCCACCGAUGCCGAGGCUGGAGUCUGCUCUGGGACAGUCUCUGAUCAGUAAAAAUGCCAAACAGCUACAGAUGAGCGAGCAGGAAAAGCUGGUUAAGGAUGCCAGUGUGAGUGGUCUGAACCUGGACCUGGACCUGGACGGACCCACCCAGGAGUUCAGCCUGAGGACGCCUCGCAUCCGGAUGAACUACCAAGAUCCCAGCACGCCCGAGAUGCCGGAGCUGAGUUCUGUGACACAAGACAUCUGUAAGCUGGUGUCCCAGACUCAGCAGAAGAAGACAAAGACAGAGAGUGUAGAGAGCCUCGUCAGACCAGGAAGUGAUCCACACAGCGCUCUCUCCAGAGCGGCGAGUCUGCCCGACGUCUCAGAGAAGGAGUUCCAGAGUUUACCCAGCUACCUGAGGCAGAUGAGCCUGUCCGGCCUGAACGCCGCCGUCCGCAGCAUCAACCGGUUCAUCAAAGAGCACCGAGGAGAGGUGACGGAGCUGCAGACGGAGGAGCUGAAGAGCGUCAUCGGCGUGGGGACCACGGCCCCGGUCUACUUCCUCUGCCUGGUGGAGCUGAAAAGGCUGCAUCAUGUCGGAGAGUUCAGGAACACCUCUGUGUACAGGCUGACCGAGGCCAUCUGAAGCCCCGGCCACAGGCAGGGAUCUGGAUAACACACACACACACACACACACAAGAGGAGAGUUUUGGAUCCAGAUUGUAAAAAGUUGAUGGCUGUUAAAGCAUGAUUGUUUUCCUUUUGUGUAUAAUA